UAAUGAACAUGGUUCUGAAUCUCAUCUUUGUGUAUCUCCAAUGGAAUCCACCGCCACGAAUCAGACUCCUUCUCCAAGCUCCACCGUCGACGAUGACAAUGGCGACGGUGUCUAUACCGACGAAUUUACCAAACUACCCCCGGACUCACCACACAGCAGCGAGGAUGAAGAUAGCGUUGACUUUAGCCACGAACAAGACUCUAGUUUGGUACCCAUAGGAUUCGAGUUACAUGAAGCUAUUGACACUGGGAGUGCUUCAAGAUCUGUAAGAGGCAAAGAUUCACAAACAGAACGUGAUUUCUUGGAUAGUGAUGUGGAGAUUGUGAUCAAGAACCAGCAUGAGUAUUACUUUUACUGCCCCUGCUGUGGUGAAGACAUCACCAAAACAGUCAAGCUCGUGAAGAAAUCAGAUAUCCAACCCGCAAAAAAGUCUGACAAUGCAAAUAAACCUAUUGACACUAAGAAUGGUUCAAGAUCCGAAGACAAGAAGACAAAAAAUUUGUCCUGGCUCCCUGCUUAUCUCCAGAAGCUGUUUCUUUCUGUUUAUGGCCACAUCAAAGACAAAGAUUCAGGCAAGAUAGAGGUUGAUUCAAAGUCAACUAAAAAUGAUCUUGGUACCAAUAGUGAGGAACCGAGCAUUGAUGUCAAGACUGAGAAAGGCAGACCGAGUUUUCCCAAGUGGUACCUCGAUGUUUUUGCUUGGUUGUUCCUCUGUAUUAUCAUUGCUCUUUCUUUCCUUUUCACUUCCCCUCAGCAGUCAUCACCUUUCAUUACACCACCACAUCUGGAACUGCCUUCUAUCCCUCCAUUGCCGCUGCCUUCAUUAUCUAUACUUUGGUUACUUCCAGCGUUUCCGGUGUUGUUUCUAGUCAUUAUGGCAAUGAGGUCCGGUUACAUUCCCAUAUAUCACAAAGAGAAAGGCGACAAAGAGGUUGAUUCCAAGUCUACUGAUACUACUAGUGAAGAACAGAUUAAGAAAACUAAAAUUGAAGAUGACCAAGCUGCAGAUUCUUGUCAAGAUUCUGACAAGAAGACAGACAACCAAAAAGUUCACCCGGUUCUGGUAGAUCCUCCUCCACCACAGGAGCAACCGUCUAUGCAAAUUGCGAAUAAGGAAACACCACCUAAAACUCAAGCAGAACCUGGGGUUCAACCAGAGAUCCCAAAGAGUGUUGAACCGGGCAAAGGCGGUAAUAAACUUGAAAUCUUGAAAAGUAUUGUGUAUGGAGGUCUAAUACAAUCCAUCACAAGCCUUUGCACCGUAACAUCUGCAGCUGCUUCUGGUGCUUCAACUCUGAAUGUUUUGGCCUUGGGAGUUGCCAACUUGUCAAGCGGUCUUCUUCUGAUUGUUCACAGCCUCCAAGAACUAAUAAACGAGAAACCCAAAACAAGAACCAACACUGAUGAUCAGAAAGAAUCAGACGCAGAUGUGGAAGAAGAAGAUAGGUACGUGGAAGCUCUGGGGAGAAGAGAGAAAUGGUGGUUUCACAGGUUGAUAGCAAUCUCCUCUUUCGUCGUAUGCGGUUUGAUCCCACCACUUGUAUACGGCUUCUCUUUCAGAAGAAGAGUCGAAAAGAGACAAGAGUACAAGACUUUAGCUGUUUACGCAGUGUCUCUCCUCUGCAUCGUCUUGCUCUCAGUUGCGAAAGCUUACGUCUCGAAGAAGCGCGAGUAUGUCAAGACUCUGUUUAGGUACACGUCAAUGGCGACGACGGCGUCGGGAUUCUCUACGUUCAUGGGAUAUUUCGUGAACCAGUGGCUUGAGAAAAGCGGGUUUUAUGAUGAAUCUACAGAAACUCCACGAGUUUGAGACUUUGUUCUUGCUCUAUCUUUCACUUUACAUUGUCCUUUUCUUUCCUUUUAUAGUGUCGAAUGUUUUCAUUAAAACUAAACGAAAAUAAAGUAGAAAGUGUUCAGUGAGACACAAAGAACCUUUUUGUUAGAACAAAGAAAACGAUUUUGUUAA